AGAAAAUUGGAGGGUGGAGGCAGCAGCCCCAGACGCCGCCGCCCCACAGGGCAGACGAGGAGGGUCCAAUGGGGGGCGAUAAAGGGGGGGUCGGGGGAUAAAGGAGGUGGGGGACAGGGCUGGGGGGGGAAUGGAGCACGGACGGCAACGGGAGCACGGCCCUAUAGGGGAGCAUGGACGGCUAUGGAAGCAUGGCCCUAUAAGGGAUCACAGCCCUAUAUGGGAUCAGGGCCCUAUAGAGGAGCACGGCCCCAUAAGGGAGCAUGGCCCUAUAGGGGAGCACGGCCCUAUAAGGGAGCACAGCCCUAUAUGGGAUCAGGGCCCUAUAUGGGAUCAGGGCCCUAUAAGGGAUCACGGCCCUAUAUGGGAGCCGUGGUGCGACUCCAUGGGGCUGCCGGCCCUGCUGAGGGCUCUGCUGCGGGAACGGAACCAUAGGACCGGACCUGAACGGAACGGACCAAACUGGGACAGGACAGAACGGAACGGACCGAGCCGGGACGGGACAGAACCGAGCGGACCAAACCGGGACGGCAGGUGUGUCGGUGUCACCACGGCUCAGCACAGCAUCAGCAGGACCUCCCUUAUCAGCAGGACCCCCCCCAUCCCCCCAUCCCCCCUUAUCACCAUGUCCCCCCCUAUCACCACCAAGGCCCUCCUUCUCACUAUCACGACCCACUAUCGCACCACCACAGCGCCCCCUGUCGGCCCGCCCCCCCUGUGUGUCGGGGCAGUUGUGGUGGUGAUGAUGUUAAUUAAGGCCGUAAUUACUAAUUACUAUUACUAAUAACGCACUCUGUGUCAUCCCCAGGCUGUGCUGAGCGCAAUGUGGGACAGAAGGCAGCAGCUGGGCACCAACUGUGCACCAUCAUUAGUGCACUAUCACUUGUGCACCAUCAUUUGUACACCAUCAGCUUUGCACCACCGCUCGUGCACCAUCAUCUUUACACCAUCACUUUACAUCACCACUUUACACCUUCAGUUGUGCAUCAUCACUUUGCACCACUACUUUGUACCAUCAUUUGUACACCAUCACUUGUGCACCAUCACUUUGCAGCAUCCCUUUGCACCUUCAGUUGUGCACCACCACUUUGCACCAUCACUUGUGCACCAUCAGCUUUACACCCCCACUUUGCACCAGGAGCAGAGCUCAGCAGCUGUUCCCUGUUGUGUUGUUGUGUUAUUGUGUAGUUGUGUUGUUCCAGCCCUGCUCACACUCGUGUGUUUAUUGCACCAUUAUGGGCUUUUUUCCCCCAAUAAAGCCCCACUCACAGCUGCAGCUUCA